UAGGUGGCAGCAGUGCGCGCGUGUUUGAGCUGCUGUUUGGUUUCUCAGUAGAGGAAGAACUGCAGGUUGUGUUGAGUGAUGUGCUAUCCGCCUUUAUCUCACUUACCAGAACACUUACCUAACUCACCGCUUUAACCCUCCUCAACAGUCAUCUUUUACAAUGAAUAGAUUAUAAGCCCGUCGUCCCAGCGGUUCAUGGUUUUCUCUCUGUCAGUGUUAGUUUGGUCUGGAGAUUUCCUUUGAAUGGGUUGAACUCAAGACACUUUGUCCUUUGAUUUGGGCACAUUAUUAAAGGUGCUGCACAGACCCCUCUUGUAUCAAAACAUUGUGCCUGUACAAGAAACGAAGACGGCAGCAUCCAAAAUGCCACUUGGAUUGGGACGCAGAAAGAAGGCGUCUCCACUGGUGGAGAACGAGGAGGCCGAGCCCAUCCGAGCUGGACUGAACGUCCCAGGGUUGGAUGGCCUGGAUGGUGGCAGGGUCAGCCUGGGUGAAGGAGCUGCCCAUGAGGGCCUACCACCUCCACCCACCAGCCUGCGACCUCGCCUGAUCUUCCACACCCAGCUGGCUCACGGCAGCCCCACAGGUCGCAUCGAGGGCUUCAGCAAUGUGCGUGAGCUCUAUGCCAAGAUAGGAGAGGCCUUUGGGAUUCCUCCAACAGAGGUGAUGUUUUGCACACUGAAUACUCACAAAGUGGAUAUGGAUAAACUUUUGGGUGGCCAGAUCGGACUAGAGGACUUUAUAUUCGCUCAUGUGAAGGGCCAGAAAAAAGAGGUGGAUGUCUUUAAAGGAGAGGAUGCACUGGGGCUCACCAUCACUGAUAAUGGAGCUGGCUAUGCUUUCAUUAAGAGAAUAAGAGAGGACAGUAUUAUUCAUCAGAUCCAGGUCAUCAACGUGGGCGACAUGAUCGAGUCAAUCAACGGGCAGAUACUCAUUGGUUGCCGCCAUUAUGAGGUUGCCAAGAUGCUGAAGGAACUGCCUAAAGGAAAAACAUUUUUCCUGAAGCUGGUGGAACCUUUGAAGGCAUUUGACAUGAUCAGUCAGCGGUCGGGAAGCAGGUCGGGUUCUGCACAGUUAGGAACGGGCAGAGGAACUCUACGUCUGAGGUCUAAAGGACCAGCCACCGUAGAGGAACUGCCAUCAGCAUUUGAAGAAAAAGCUAUCGAGAAAGUCGAUGAUCUGUUGGAGAGCUACAUGGGCAUUAGAGACAGUGAACUUGCUGCCACGAUGGUGGAGCUCGGCAAGGACAAAAAGAACCCGGAUGAAUUUGCCGAAGCUUUGGAUGAGACUCUGGGUGAUUUCGCGUUUCCAGAUGAGUUUGUGUUUGAUGUGUGGGGUGCCAUCGGCGAUGCAAAGGUCGGUCGGGUGUAAUUUUAGAAAUGGCUAAAAGUGGUAAUUCUAGGAACACUAUUGAGUUUUAUUUUUGUUGAUUUUGGGAUCAUAUGCUGGGAUGCUUUUAAGAACGCUGGAAACACUUGUAUGUAGGCCUCUAACUCCACUUUUUUUUUUUAAGAUGCAAAUGUUAUGAAGACACUACAUUGAAUGCAUUUUAAAAUUGUAUUCAUAUUUGACUAGGUUGAGCCUAAUCACUUAUAUGAAAUGUCUUAUUUAGUAGGAUAUUAAGCAAAAGAUGCUGAGACUCAUUGAAUUUGCAAGGUGUUUACUCCAGGGCCUGUGUUUGGUACCCCUGUGAGGUUACUCUGUUGCAUACUGUGACUUUCACUUGCACUGUGUUGCCCGACGCUGUAUAAAUUGCACGGUAAGGCACAGAACACGCAGUGCAGAGAUCAAGGCAAUGCUGGUUUGCACUCUGCGGUGUGGAUCUGACCCGUCCCAUGGCAGAAUCAUGGACCAUUUGUCUUAUCAACACUAUAAUGAUUCCCUAAAGCAUGUGCUGUCUUGUUAUGUACUCUUGUUGUCUAUUAUACAAAGGAUUUCAAGUGGCUUUGAAGCUGUUGCAGUGAACCGUUUCUAAAUGACCUCUAGUGCUUUACAUUUCCAGUUCUGUGGCUUAGCUCUUAUUUUAAAAGAGUAAAAGAAAUGGGAAAGAAAUAGACCAUCCGUUUUCAUUUUAGUAGUGUGGUAAACUACUGCAUAAUGCCAAACACAAGGAAAUCUUUUUCUUUUUUUAUCAGUAAAAUCAGUAUUAAGAAAUAUGAAGUAUUACAGAUAGUGUUUCACCUGUUACAGUAUUUAUCCUUUAAAGGAAUAGUGGAGGAGGUAUGAAGUAUGAAGGGAUUAAAAGUUGGGCUGGGCGAUAGGAUAGUUUCAUUUCAGAUUUGAAAAUCAAUGUUGUGUGUAUACAUAUACACACACAUGCAAAACAUGGCUUUUGAAAAAAAAAAAAAUAUAUAUAUAUAUAUUGCCCAGCCCUACUUACAAGUUAAUAUUAAAGCACUGAUAGUUGAUUGUAUGGUAUUGAUUUGAGUGUUUAUAGUGUUGAUGUGUUUACAAAAAAAGCUAUACUACAGCCAGUCCAGUGAGCAUUUCCAAGAUACUGACAAUAUUACUGCAAAUAUGACCAAACAUGGGCGUCUUACACUGAGCACAUGUUGAGUUAGUGGAACUCAGAGCUGAUUAUUACUCUUUUAACCAGGCAGUUCAACACUGUAGUAUUUCACAUCUGUAAAGUCAGAGCAUGUUUGAAAUGUAAAGUACUGAUCAUGUGCUGGUUAAAACUUUAAACUUUAUAUUUCUUUUUUUAUUAUUUAGCCGGGCGUCUUGUCUUGUGGAAGAUGUAGGUUAAUGUUUAAAGGACCCAGAUCAAAAAUGUAAAAG